GUGUCAUGAUCCGUUUCACUUGCACCCAGUGCAAGCCCUUCAUGCCGCUGUGAAGCGAUUUUAAAGUGGAUUUUUUGGACGGGGACAAUUUUAACUGCCAUUAGGAUGAUGACCCUGCAGUUUAAAGACGCGUUCUGGGGAUCAGACUUCAUCAGUAAUAUUGGGUAUGAGACUAUUAUUCAGAGACUCAACAAUGGCAGACGGACGUGCAAAGACAUGGAGGAACUCCUGAAAAUGAGAGCAUCUGCUGAGGAGAAAUAUGGUAAAGAACUGGUCACGAUUGCACGUAAAGCCGGAGGCACACGCGAGGCCUGGACUUUGAGGACGUCUUUCGAUGAAAUGAAAGCGCAAAUUGAGAACAUGGGAAACCUGCACAUUCAGUUGUCCACGCUGCUAAAGGAGGAGGUGAAGAGGAUGGAGCAGUUCAGAGAGCGACAGAAGGAGCAGAGGAAAAAGUAUGAAGUCAUUAUGGAGAAGGUUCAGAAGACAAAAGUCUCCCUCUACAAGAAAACGAUAGACUCUAAAAAAGCUUACGAGCUGCGCUGCAGAGAGGCGGACGAGGCGGAGCAAGCGGCCGAGAGGAUGGAAAGCGCCCAGACAUCUACACCCAAACAGAGUGAUAAGGCAAAGACCAAAUAUAAACAGUGCAGAGAAGCUGCCGGGGAGGCCGAGAUCCAGUACAAGUCCAACAUCGAGCAGCUCGACAAGGUCCGUCAGGAGUGGGAGUCGACCCACGUCAGCACGUGUGAGAUGUUCCAGCAACAGGAAGAGGACCGCAUUAGCGUGCUGAGAAAUGCAUUGUGGGUGCACUGCAACCAUCUGUCGAUGCAGUGCGUGCGAGACGACGAGUGCUACGAGGAGGCGAGGAAAGUGCUGGAAAAGUGUGACGUCAUCACAGACAACAACGGCUUUGUGGAGAUGAACAGAACCGGCGCCGCCCCACCAGCUCCGGUUACGUACGAGAACUACUACGACAGGGACGGCACGGCAGACCGAAACGGCAGUGCAGGGAUCGUGGGGGUCAUGAAAAGGUUUUCAAACCUUCUGCAGGGGAACUCCGGCUCCAGGACGAACAUCGCUGAGCCGGUGACGCAACACACAGGUCUGUCAACAGAAAGGUCGGAUGGCGUAUAUGCUUCCAUCCCUGGGGUUCAGUGCUUGCUGAACAGCAGCGAAUACAAGGCCUUGUAUGACUACGUGGCGCAGGGCCAGGGCGAGCUGUCUGUGUCCACCGGUGACGUGGUGCUGGUCGUGGAGCAGGGCGAGGACGGCUGGUGGACGGUGCAGAGGAACGGCCUCGUGGGGCUGGUUCCAGGCUCCUACCUCUCCCAAGAAUGAGCUCGCGCAGCAGGGACGGCCAGGACGGAACCCUCGGGCCUCGCUUUCGUAUAGUUUAGGUUCAUCUGCUGUUCCUUUUCCUGUCGGGUCGCAUGCAUGGACUCCCCCCAGUGGUCACACAGUUAAACACAGUUACCACAAGUCAAACCGCAUGAAUCUAACCAGAACGAAAGCCGGGCAGCAACACCUUUUCUGUUUUAUAGAUCAACUUUGCAUUUUAUAAAGCUGUUGUCACACACGUUACAUUAUUUAUUGCCAUGAUACAUAUUCAUACUGUUAGUGCUCAAGAAACGUUUAUACUUUGGUAUAUUUUUGUUUGGACAUAAUGUUUCCACUGUUGGUAUUUUCACUCUAAUGUGUUUGUGUAGUUAUGAUUUCUAUUCUGAAUGCUAAAAAGGACGCAAUGGUAAAAAUGUAUGCGUCACAUUUUUUUUACACAGACCGACCAAAGCGCAAACCAGUUUUGUGAUGAGCUAUUUAGUGCAGUGAGGACUACACUUUAAGCCACACAAAGCACUAAAUACAGCCAGGGCUGCUUGUUGCGUCGUGUAGCUGAGGUGUCUGGUUACUCUGCGGUGCAACGCUGACUGUGUCUGACUCACGGCCAGAGUGGAUUUCCUUUCCCACCAUUUGGGGUAUGAGGGUUAUUUAGGGAUCCCAAAUGCUCUAGAAGUAGACACAGACUAGUGAUCGCUGCCGACUCUGACAGCCGUGCAUGUUUCAUCUUAAUCUAAAUAGGUAAAGCCAAAUACAAAGAGAACCAGAGAACGAACAUUUUAGCUGAAUAUGUUAAACUGACUCAAGGACUGAAUUGACUUUUUGCAUUAUUAGAUUGUUGCAUUGUUAAGAUUUCCACAAAUGGAACAUUCACCUUGAACUUUCCCCUCACAUUUUAUUCACGUUCUUAAGUCUUCUCGUUGCUACCUAACAAUCCCAAACACUAAAAGGAGAUUACAGGGUUCAAACUUAAUAAAAGCCAGAAAAGCAAAA